UUUCGUCGACAUCACCCUGCAGCCAGCCGGCCAUCCCUGGGAAACGGCCGGUCAUCCUACACGAAUCGAUGGAGAGCCCCCUAUUUCUGGUAUCACCAUCCUACCUAUGGGCUUCGCUAGGCGGGGUCGAGGGGUAGGAGAUCCGGAUAAUAGGCUCGCGAGCACCCUGUACUUGUAGUGACUUGCCAACAGAUGCUAGUUAUGGUGUGACCAAAGCGCUCACAUCGAGUUCUUAACCCUUCUUGUCGCUCAACACAUCCUCGCCUUGGCCCUUAUAUACAUCUUCCAAAUCCAAAGUUGGUAUUCGUACGAUUAUCUUCGGCAACUCAUCGACCAAGACUGCCUCCCGGAAUCCUUGAAACGUAUUCCCGUCAUGUCGGUCAAGGAGCCAAGAUCCGCCUUUGACCGCAACCCUCAGUUACCGUCCUCGCGACCUGCGAGCAUUUUCUCGGCGCAAUCCAUCGAUACACUUGUCGCUGAUCAGAGCUACCGAGGCUUUCCAUCCGAGCAAGCAUACCUUGAUGCUCUCAAAGAAUGGGCACAAUCAAAAAUGUUCUACGAGUCCGAUGAACAACUACAAGGCUUCUACGGCACCAAAACUCUGGAUGACAUCCUGAUCAAACAGGGGACUACUCGGGGUGCGAAGAAGAGUGUUCGAGACCAGAGGAGGGCAACGGUGGCUCCUCAACUGCCCACUCUCGCCGAGCACAACGGCAGUGCGACAACCUUGUCGAGACAAAAUUCCGUUGCGCAGGGCGCAGACGCCACAGACGAGCGGCCGGAAGCCAAAGGCAGCAAAUUGAAACGAGUCUUCACACGGCGCAAGACCGUGGUAUGAGACAUUCCGGAUGUAAUGGCGCCUACGACAUGUUAUGUACUCUUACAGGGAUCUGCGCACUCGAUGGUGGAGCAGGUAUCACUCAUUACAACAGAGAAGGAAAGAACUGGGAUUCACGAAGUAUACGUCUAUGGGGCGAUUAUAUACAUAGCAUCACAUACUAUUGCGUUCCAC